AUGAGGAGGAAGAUUGCAUCAUUUGAACAAGGGGCAGAUGAAAGCCUUAGUGAAUCUUGGGAGAGGUUCAAAGAGUUGGUGCAAGCAUGUCCUCACCAUGAAUACAACCAAAGCUUACUCAUGAGGUUCUUCUAUGAUGGCUUGGAGCCGAUGUCUAAAGCUAACUUGGAUGCGGGGGCGGGUGGACAAUUAAUCAAAGUCCCACAAAAUCAAGUUGAAGCAAUAAUUGAAGAGGUAGUGAAGAACUACUCUUGGGGUGGUAAAAGGAGGAAUGCACCGAAGAAAGGUGGGAAGUACGAGUUGGAGAAAGUUGAUCAAUUGCAACAUCAAAUUGAGCUUUUGACAAAAGGGCUUGCAAAGUUGAAUACUAUUGUCAAUAGUGGGGCGAGCUCCUCCCAAGUAAACUCUUUCUCUUGUCAAAAUUGUGGCGGCACUAACCACGAUACAUCUUAUUGUGGAGCCAUGAAUCAACAAAUGCAAGAGGUCAAGGCUCACAACAAGAUGGUUGAUUCACAACUAGCUCAAUUGGCUGAGAGAGUUCCUUUCAACUCAUCUUCUACUUUACCCGGACAAUCACAAACCAACCCUUCUAACAUCGUGAAACCCGACUCUUGCAAGGCAAUCACAUUAAGAUCGGGCACAUCCUAUGAAGGUCCCAAAGAGGGGGAUGGCAAAGAAAAGAAGGAAGGAGAAGAGAGGGUGAGUGAAGAUAAAGAAGUUGAAGAAGAGAAGGUUGAUGAGAAAGAGAGAAGUAUGGAGAAAAAUAAGUCUAAGGAUGUGGUGACAUCCUAA